AUGGGGUGCUGUGGCUGUGGUGGCUGCGGUGGUGGCUGUGGUGGCUGCGGUGGUGGCUGCGGUGGCUGUGGUGGCUGCGGUAGUGGCUGUGGAGGCUGUGGAGGUUGCGGUGGUGGCUGCACCACUUGCAGAUGCUACCGGGUUGGCUGCUGCUCCAGCUGCUGCCCCUGCUGCAGAGGCUGCUGCGGCGGUUGCUGCAGUAUCCCCGUGGUCUGCUGCUGCCACCGCUCCUGUGGCUGUGGCUCCUGUGGCUGUGGCUCCUGUGGCUGUGGCUGUGGUUGUGGGAAGGGCUGUUGUCAGCAGAAGUGCUGCCAGUGUAAGUGCUGCUGCCAGAAAUGUUGCUGCAAGAAGCAAUGCUGCUGCUAG